AGAAAAGGGAAAAUAUCGUAGUACAUUCCUGUACAACUGAAAAGAGGAGGAGAGGGAAGGGCGAAAGGCGUGAAACCGGUCUCUCUCCAGAUGGCGUAUUCGAGUGUUGCGAUCGCCAAUUGUGAAAUUGUUCUUCAAAUGGGCGCGCUUUGCUUCAGAAAGAUUUACCAAUGCUCUGGGUUGUUUUUUUCAAGCUCUUUAGCCUUUUCAUUAAUUUUGCUUCUUAUUGCUGCUGGAAAAAAAUGACGUCGUACUCUAUCAAUGAUUCUGACAGAACUAAAUGAAAAUUUAAUAAAUAAAGCCUGAAAAUAUCUUCCCUGCUAGAGCAAGCGUCUGCCAUCGCUGAUCGUUGCGAUCAUAUGCAGCGAAAAUGGUACGUCCGUCAAGCUUCAAAACUUUGCUUCUGUCGAUGGAAGCUAAAACCUUAAGUUAGUUAUAAUGAUAGCGAUUGUGAAUAUAAUCAAUACCAAUCGUUCUAAAGCAAAGUCAGCAUCAAAGGAACUUGGAGUGAAAUUAACAAAUUUUACAUGAAAAUGACGAAAUAAAAUAAGGUCCAAUAAAUAAAUCUAAGUAUUCUUUUUUUUUUUUAAAUUUUAAAAUUUUGGUUCAUAAUUGCUCUUUUACUUGUCUAACAUCCUGUUAUGUUAUAGUCAUCAUGGAUACCAGCAAAACACGGAGUAUUAAAUCACUUUUGCUACAAGCUUGGAGAGAAAGAUGGUCUGAUGUGUCAUGGGGCAUUCGAAUCAAAAGUGUUCUUCCACGUGGAGUAAGUGGUGACGUUUAUGAUUUAGCUGACUGUAUUCUUCAACAAGCAUUAGUUGGACCAGGACCAAACAAUUUAUUCAUGUCAUAUCUCAUGCAUUCUCUUAGCUCUAGAGUUGUUUCAUAUGGUGCAGUCUUAUCUAGUAUAGGUAGAUACCAAAGUUUUUACAAGCCAUAUUGCAUUUUGAGUUUACUCGAUUUGCUAAGAACAUUUCAAUCAAGAAUAGGCUGUCAUGGCAAUGAAGAAGAAUGCAUUGCUUUAUGUAAAGCUGUAGUUAGUGUUACACAUUGGUUGUAUUCAUGUGUUUAUCAUUCCAUAACUAAAUUAACUGAAUUGAAACAAAGUCCAGAACACAUUUCAAUUAUGGAAAAAUCUUAUGAAGCUCUUUUUUAUUUUAGUAAUUCCACUUUUAUUAAAUCUUUGCUUUAUGUUGGAAAGUUUGAAGAUCAAGCCAUGUAUACCCAAAUGCUUCAAAAACAUAAAGAACUUGAAGAAAAGUUAGCAAUAGUUCCAAGUGCAACAAAUGUUUCAAAAGAAAUAAUUGAAGGUGCAUUGAGUCUAGUUAGCUCAGUUGAUAAUUUACCAGUUGUUCCAUCAGAAAAUGUUUCAAAAAACAAACUUCAAACCUUAGCUAGCACUUUAAACAUAAUGGUUGGAAUCGAUGCUAUUUUAAAUCCUGCAAGUGAUGCAUCAGCAUUUGUGAGUCAAUUGCUUUUAGUGAAAAAGCUGCAAAAUUUUAAACUAUCGCAAGUUUAUUGCGAACUUAUCCGUGCUUGUUUGAUUGGUAUAGCCAGUAGCACAGGUUCAUUUGAAGAUGAUUUAAAAUGGUUUGCAUUUACAUUUUUGAAACUACCAAACAUUAUUUCUAACAUCCAGUCCCUUCAAACUGAAAGUGAAGAAGACUCCUUUGAGAAAAGUCUAGAUAUGUUACUACAUUAUUCACCUUUGUUGGAUCUCACUGAUUUAAAGAGCAAUUGUGAUACUUUACAAUAUGUAGCACAGGAGUUUUGCAAAGCAAAAAUAAUGACAGAAAGUCAGGGAAUGAGUUUCCUUGGUCGAAGACAAAAUGAUUCUUUUAAAGCUGCAAAUCUCAAAGGUCAGAAUAUUGGAGGAGUAAAACCUCCAACACCUAAACCGAGUCCUCAGUGGGGCCAGGCAAAUAUACCACUCACUUUACGAGCAGAACAUACUCUUAACACGAUUUUGAAGUCACUAGAUUCUGAUUAUUCAAAAAUUCAAGAAGCUCUCCUUGGUGUUCUCUGUCAUAUAUUGCCUUUAAGAAAUUUUAAAUUAAUUCUUGCUGCGGCUGCUGCUACUGGGAAAUUGCAUACUUUUAUUACUAAAUUAAUUGGAUAUAAUGAUUAUAAUAAAUAUGUUGCUUCUGAAAAUGCUAAAGCUGCCCAGACCCGUGCUUUAACUUUUGAUGUCACCUUUCUCUUAUUAUUUUAUAUUUCUCAGUAUUAUGGUACUGAAAUAGUCCUUGGGCAUUCUACGAAAAAAGAUUCUUUUUUCGUUCAGUGGAUAUCAGAGAACCUAGCUGAAGGUGGGAAAUUUAAAUGUCCGGAUCUUGUUUUGUCUCGAUGUGACCAACCUACAGUUGACAUGUUGUUAGCUCAGUUCUUAAACACAGAGCAUGAUAUGAGCACUCAUCAAGUAAAAUGGCAUGAAGUUUGCCUUAAUGCUCCAGCUGCUGCUAGAGAGAUACUUAUUGCUUGGGAGCAUGGAGCAUUAUCCACAGAAAAAGUUAAAAUGGUUUUAGAUCACAUUAAAAGUCAAAUAUGCUGUCUUCCUGUUUGUAUUUCGGCUUGGCUUUGCAACUACAUCAAUGUUCUUCAUCAUGAGGAACGUCUGAAGCCCAUGAAUAUGCUUCAGCAUUUUAUUGCUCCUCCAGCGGUGGAGUCUGUUACUUCACCUUCUGAGUCCCCCUCUGCUAGUGGUAGGCAAACACCUCAACUGCCAGGCAAUGAGCAAAGUAAUGCAUUUUAUUCUGGACGUUGUAGCCUGAUGAUUGGUAUUAUAAAAAUAAUGAUGUGGGAUCUGCACCCUCCCUUACAGCUAAAAUCUAAAAUUGCACCUCUCAUUCCUCACGGUUUGACGGUUAAAGAACCCUUAGGCAAAAUUUUAGAUGAAGUUUUUAAUGAUGUGCACUAUCGUGGAUGGCUUGACAUAAAAUCUAUUCAUUAUUUUGACACAUUACUUUGUGUUGGUGGAGCACGUUGGCUAUGUGAUGCUCUUGUUCGUCGUGUACUGGGCUAUCAAUUUCUUCAAGACAUCAAUAGAGCUGUUGACAUGAUAAUUGGUAUAUUUUAUUUAGAUAUUGAACAAUGCGCUCUUGCUUUGUUAUUGCAUGUUCUUCCCUUUUAUCUUUAUAGUGAAGCUCAUCAAGAACAGUUAGCAGAGCCCUACGGUAGUGCCCUGUCACGUUUAACUGUCAUUACAACAUAUGCAGCAUUGCAGUCACGCCAGUGCUCUUCAGGAAAUCGUGUGAAAACUGGUUGUAAAAGAAGCCAUCGUGAAGUUGACAUUGAUGACACACGAGAUCAUACAGAGCACAGUAGGCCCACAAAAAUACAUCGAAGUAAUGCUGAAUUGCUAGAGGAUACACCAUUUGAGCUACAAAAUCUUAGUGAUGAGCAUAUGCGCAAUGCAGUAGCUAAUCCUAUCAAUAAAGCAAUCGCUGAUUUGAUGCGUACCCUACUAGUGAUUGCUUCAGAUGCAACAAUCAGUGCUAGGUCUUAUUUUCCUAUUCGAUUUUUAGAACAAGUUGUUCUAUGUGCUAAAGAUCAAGCUUCUUCAAUUUUACAGUUUAUGCCUUUAGGGCUUGUUGGAUUGCUUUUGAAAAAAUACCCUGAAGAAUUUAGCCAUGAGUUAAUUUUGGCAGUCAGUAGCAUGCAGAGCCCAAGAGCUCGUAAAGUAGCAGCAUUGAGUUUGUGUCAACUUACCAUUGCUCAAAAUAGACUCACCACUAAAAAUCAGUGUUGGUUAGGUUUUUAAUUUGUUUGCUAAAAAACCAACUGUUCUAUUUUGAUAAAGGUUAUAGUACACUUUUUAUUUUUGACAUUUUUUAAAGAUAUAUUACUGUAACGGUAACUUAAGUUGUGUGAACUUAUUAGGUGUAAUAUAAAAUGGACACUUGAUUUUGUAAAGUAGCAUUGUUGAUGCUUCUUAAAAACAGUGAAUGUUUUUUCUUCCUUAAAUUAUCUUAAGAUAAUUUUAGAAAAUUUAAAGAUAGUUUUUGAGUAUUUUAUAAUUAAUAAA